UGUCUACUUGAUCGGUUACAUUAGAAACAUGUGUUCAGGGCUUUGCACAUGUAAGAAGCAGCAAUCUGAAACUAGCAUCCAUAAACAACUUUUAAAUUUCUUUUUAAACCGGCUUGCUGAGCUCUUUUAUGAGUAAUAACUUGCACCUUCUUAGCUGUGACAAUAGUGAUGAGAGUAACUGAAUCAGGCUUUCAAAUAUGUGUCUGUAGUGUGCUGCUUUAUUGCAUUUUAACUAAGUUAAAAUCUAUUAUUGGCACAGCCACUGGAUUCCUCUGGAAUGAGUCAUUUGCUAUUAACUAUUAAAUUUUAACUGUUACGAGAGACCAAGUCUUUGAAUAGCAUGCUGUGAAGAAGGACUGUCACAAACAAACGUGUGACGAACAAAAAUCGAAAGGGCUUGCGGGACCUGAUCCAACGUCACUGGAGUUAAUGAGCUUGGAAGGAAGAAGCGGGAUAAAUAGCGGCAGUGUUAAAUGUGAGGAGGUAGAGCAGAGCUUUUGUGAGAGCGAUGCGGUCACUAAUUAUUAGCCUAAAGGAAAGGAGGCGAAUGUGACCGCGUUGUCUCUGUAGCCUUCCUCCUGCCGCUUUUGGAGGCGUUGGCCCAUGUCGGUCAGACUUGGUGGUGGAGACAGAAGGAGAAAGGUCUGGGAGACAGAAAAUCUUCCAAGUUCCAAGACGAGCAGCUGGCCCCGAGUAGAAGAGACCUGGAUUAGGGAAAGGUCUGGAGAUGCUGGGAGAUCAAGAGGAUGAGCUGGGGGACCAAAAGGAGGGGUAAGAGGCCUAGACAUGGGGGACUUAAAUCUGUAGGAAAGUGGGCUUUGAUCACAUUUUAGUAGCAUUAGCUAGACCCCGAAGAAUUAAGCUUACGUAGAAAUGCUCCUAUCCAUACUGAACCUAGCAGAACUUCUGUUUUUGCCUAGCGUUUCAACGUUGCCGCUUUCUCAUAGCCUUACGUGGCAUUUUUGCAAGUGUGAACUGAAAAUCUCGGGCCACGCGACAAUGUUUGGCAGGAAUUGGUGAAAGCUUGGUCCUGUCUACCUGGGCAGAAUUGAUUUUAAUGCGUGUUUGUGGUUAGUGUCGGAAGUUGUCCAUUUCAGUGCUUAUAUACCAUCUCGCUCUAAUUGAGGAAAUAGCCUCACUCCACAAAUGGGUCUUAAAAGUCAGGAUGUUGUUAAGCUGUGUCCUCAAAGCUUAUGUAUAAACAGCUAAGUCAGAUUUGAAAACAAAACUUUGUCGGACUCAAAUUUGUUAAUACUAAUACUUUCUGUAAUACUUGUUCGCGGAGCGGUUUGGAAAAUUAGCCGGUUUGAGUGAAUUGGGAUGCAGUGAUGUUUAUAAACUUUGGGUGAAUGGUGUUAUUCAUAUCCUCGCUCGACAACAUGAAAAGAAUUGUUAUGGGGUGAGUUGUACCCAAGUUUAUACUCGAGGAGAUUAAGAUAGAUGUGUUUAGGCACUUGUGGAAACUCUACUUAUGGGUAAACCCAAUCAAAUGCUUUCCUACAGAGUUUGUAACCAAACUGCUGCAAUAUGUUAAUGUCUGGCAACUGAUAGUUGAAGCUUAUUAUCCUGAUGUUUAUAGUAAGCAACAUAAAUGGCUGAAAAUGGAUGUUGGAGUAUUUACUGUCAAACCACUUGAAAUAAUAUGUUUACAUAUUUAUUGUCAUUUAUAACAAAGCUUACUCAUGAACGUAAUACUGAUAGUGAAGUCCUUCAGAUUGUGAGUUCUGGGGUGGUUUAGGUGGAAGCAGCUGGUGAUCUUCAGGUAAACCUUAGUAUUUGACGGUACAUGAGAGACCAAGAGGAACCAGACAAGACUGUAUGGAUGCCCCUUGUAUAGACACAUAAAUAACAGUGUUAAAACAAGAGGAGGUGAAGGUUGUGCGCAUUCUUGACUGAUAACCGGUGAUCUGACUCACCAGUAUUAUAAUCAGUCAGGCACUCUCUUUAUUUUUAUUGUGGAGCUCUUAGGUAUCCGGUUUUCUCUUGCAUUUAAACUGUCAUUAAAUGUGUUUUAAGGUAGAGCUGUGUGGUGUGUACUGUAACUUUUUUUAAUCGCUUCUGAGGCAAAUUGAAACUUCUCUCUUGCUGACUGUACUGAGCUUGUUUAAAUAACAACCCCAGACCCAUGCGACAAUAAUAUGCCUUAAACAUAAGGCAUGAAAACGGCUGAAAACGGAACCGUCUUAAUUUCGGUUCCAUCUGAAACGUGGGCAGGCAGGGAAGAUCAUCUCUGGUAUCAAAGCGGAGAAAGACAAAGAUGAGAAGUCAUGAACAAAUGGAAGAAGUGCCUGGGGCUUGAAAGAGUUCUGUGAAUAUUUCUACUCCUCAGGUACCAGACCAGAUCUUUAGUGUAAUUCAUUUUUUAACAGGUGGCAUCUUUUUUUCCAGUGAAAUGUGUGUUGUUGAUAAGGUUUCAGACAAAUUUGAUAUCUUUACCAUGAUUUUUUUUUUUUUUAGCCAGUACUCAAGACGGAUACUUUGGACACUUUCUCAAAUACCUACUGACAGAGCUACGGUUGUUAGAAAUUGAAGAUCCCUAAAAGCUUAGUAUAUGCUCAUUUUUUGAACUGACAUCAAGUUACAGUGAUGGAUAAAUUCAUAGUUUUCCUUGCUUUUGCUUUUUUGCAGUGGUCAGUAAAGCAACAUUGCUAAAAUUUGACUUGUAUGUUCCAAUAAACCAAGAGCAGCUGCAAAAGAGAAGGCUAACCUAAGUUAAGGCUAACCUAAGUUAAUGCGUUGUUCAUAAAACCCUUCUCAAUAAGGAAGUGGGAAGCCUCACUGAGACAACAUGAUUUUUUUUUUUCAAGCUAAAUGUCAAUCUGAAACUGCUACUGAACAGUAGCACUCAAACUAGGAGAAGAAAUCUGCAUGCUUUGAAGACGAUAUAUGAAGUCUUAUGUAUAUUUUAAAGCUCUUACCCAGGUCUUUUUUUUUUAAAACCAAAACUACAGGGCUGCUCCACAAAAUGUUGACUAAAAAAGCAGUUGGCAAGGAAGAUUUGACCCAGGUAGGCUGAGCAGGAUCACAUGUUGUGAUGUACUGCAGAGCGUUCUCGUCCUGGAGAGGUAUUUGCCUUGCUUUGUACAGCUAGGAGUCUCUCUGUAUACGAAGUAACUUCAUAUAACAAAGAAAUGUUCUUUGAAGGUCCCUGCUACAAAUAGCUUCCAGUGGAAGCAGCCAAUAUUGAGAUGGAAGAUCUGCAGAUGGUUAACUUCGACUUGUUUCAAAAACGCUGGGAGAAGGAGGGGAUUUUCAAAGGAGCAGUAAGCAUAUGGCUGUCCCUCAUCUCAGGAAAAUUUGAGUGGCUCCUUAAUUUUGACUCCCUGCAAGUCUCACAUGGCCUUAUCCUGUACGAUAGGUUUUCGCAGGAGCGCAGACGUUGCUUGAGGAAGGAGUUGCCACUGCCGUCGGCCGGCGUCUCCACAACGCAAGCGAUACUGUGGAUGGCUUUCGUUCUGUAAAAACAUACUUUCUUUUUUACAGCAGCGAGAACUAACAUUUAACUGGAUGUGAGCGUAAGAUCGUAGUGAAGAUAAGGUGCAAGGAGUCUUUAACAGUGGUGUAGCUAGCAGAAGCCCUUUGUGGGCUCGGGAUGUAGUAUUCGCCUUUAUCUACUGCAUCGUUACCUGACUUUCCCUUCCUUCCGCGGGUGUACGCAUGGGUUUGUUAUUUUCGAGGAAGGAAGAAAAUCAGGAAUAUUGAAAUCAAGAAUUACGGUUGAAUUGAAAUGACUCGGUCAAGGGAAAGGAAGUUUUAAAAACCGGAGGAGCAGUUUUGGAUAAGAAAUGAUGACUCUCCGGUUCAAUAGCUUGCGUCUCCUGAUGUUGCCUUUAAAACUUACGUCUGCCCAUGGAAACCUGCUCAUCCUGGUGGCAAGUAAAUAGGCAACCAAAAGCACUACUCCAACAUGCCUCACUUUGGGUAAAUUUUGUUCUUACGGAUCUUGCCGUGGAGCCUCAGAUAUCCAUGUAGUCCUCCCGAGGCUUCCUUUUAUUUAAAGCUUUAUUAAAAAUAGCCACAGGCAGGUCCUGGGCUGAGUGCCUCCAUGCAAAUUAACAGGACUUACGAAUGCUUUCCACCUCUCCGGAGCACCCUCCUCCCCAAAGGGCACAGAGAUGAGUCUGGCCUGUUCAGUUUUGAAUACUGCCUUCAAGAGAAGUUAUGCCUCAAUAAUUAUUUAGAAAUCCUGAUUCUUAAAAUCACAACUUCUCCCAAAUUCACUUUGUUGGGCAUAGCAUGAAAUAGUUGGGGCUUUGAUUCUUCCAUGGACCUGAAAAUUAUGUGGCAAUGGUUAAACUGGGCUGGGCUUGUAGUCUCUGUGUCUACACAGCCUUGUUAGACCUGAGUCACCCACUAAGCCGGCUGCACGCUGGCUGCCCUGCGCUGGGCUGGAGGACGUUGCUUACAAUAGCUAUCUCUUAUUUUUUUUCAUUUGGCAAGUGAAGUACAUACUUUGUCGACUUUAAUUUCAGUAAUGUUUCCGUGUUACCCUUUUCCCUUUCAGAGGGAGACAGGGACUUGUGAUUUUGCUUCUCCCCUCCCUCUGUUGUCUUUUAACUAAACUGAGGAGUGAUUUGUAAAAGUGUGUAUUUUUGGAGAUGGGAAUGGCUUUGCCCCGCAGGCCUUGAAGGUGAGGAGAAGGCAAGGAGAGACAGAGUUAAUGCAAAUCAGGAGAGAGUGAGUAUAAAAAUAGCUCUGAACUUGUCAGUUUGGUCACUGGUGGCUUGGGUUAGUCAUCUGGCAGGCUGUCUUUCUGCUGCUCCCAGGGAUUAUUUUACAGCACUGAGAUUUGACAUAAUUUCUGGAGAGAAGAGAGAGAGGGACGGCUGUAAUGAGUGGGAUACUGUCAUCGGCACUUCUUUCUCACAGCAGCUGCUCUGCGUUGAGCCGCUCAAUGUGCUCAUUGUUGACUUCUCUUGUGUACCUGCCAGGUUGUUAGGUGACUCACUGCAAAUCGCACCAAGGUUCAUGCACUUGGCUCCCGAACCGUUCCUUCCCCACUCCUUGGUGGCCUUUUAGGUGCCGAGCACCCAUCGGUGCCUGUUUUGUAGCUUUCCCGAUUGAGCUUUGUGUUGCCGGGAGCCUCUUCAGAAUAAAUGGCCUGCUGCCCCAGGAAAACAAAUCAAAUAGAAAAUAAAUUAAAAAAAAAAGCAAAUCCCUGCUGCAGAUUCAAACCAAUGAGCCUCAAAGGACGUGCUCCUGUAAUAGUUAUGUUAAGUUGUUUUUAGUGGCUUCCGCUCAAACGGUGUGUCGCUCCUCCCGUUCGGUCUGUGAUGCUUAACACCGCUACACUUCGCUAAGGUUUCUGGAUUUUCAUGGCUUGUCUGAUGAUGGAAAUGUUUGUUUUAGGAUUUUGCACUUGAACUGUGAAAGGGCUGUGGAACGAGGAAAUGACCCUACGGUUAAGGGGUGAUAAAGCAUAUUCUGGUUUAGAAGAAAACAACGAUGUUCUAAGUUUUUCAGAAUACAGGGUAGGGGGGACAGGAGCGAAAGCAAAGCCCGAUAUCCUGUGGUUUUGUGCUCAGGGUGUUUGUAGGAAACUGUUAACUCUACGCAUUCCUGAUACCCCACGAUAUGCCCUUCUCCUGCCCCGCAGUGCCUUGCUUCCAGGCUCCCUUACGCUUCUCCCUUUCCACCCUUGGCUCCCUUCCACCUUCCUCCGUGUUGCCAAUUGGCCGAGAUUUGGCAUGUGCUGGGACUUGUUUGGAGCUACAUUUACACGAACCGGGCAGCGAGAGCCUGGCCUGAUUGACUCGCCAGCUGCUGCCAAGCGCAGGGGAGAGGAGCUGAGCUCUGCCUGCCUCUUCUUCCAGCACCAUCGCCGUCCUCUGCCCAACGCCGGCUUGCAUUAACCUGAUACGCCUGGCUCUCUGAACCUGUGAAAUGGCAGUGAUGGGAAUUACAUGCCAAGGAGCUCCUGACCCAAACGUCAAGCACAAGAAGGAGCUCACGGCUACAAAGGGGCUGAAGGAGACAGUGAGUGAAAAGCAGAGCAGUGUUUGCAAAGUAGAAGAUUCAAAGAAGGUCGCCUUUCACAGUCCUUGGAAAAUCCUGAAUGAUGUAAUCACCAAAGGAACAGCAAAAGAAGAAACAGAAGGAGGCUCUGCCUCAAUUUCUAUUAUUGCUCAAGCAGAAUGUGAAAACAGUCAAGAGUUCAGCCCUACUUUAUCAGAGAGAUCCUUCAUUGCUCAUAGUAAGCGUUACAGCCGGUCAGACAGUCUUGAUCAAAUCCCUAACAAUGUGGCGCACGCAACGGAGGGGAAGAUGGCACCUACCUGUUGGAGAGGGAGGCAUCGCGGUAAAAACAGAAAGAAACGUCAUAAGAAAAGAUCCAAGCUGAAGAUACAAACAGUGGCUGCUGGCAGGCGUGGUCCCAGAACUCCAGAACAAGAAAGUUGCACUCCAAUUCCAGUCCAGGAGGAUGAAACACACCAAAGUACUCUCUACAGAAACAAUUUUUGGGUUUCAGAACUUGGCAAGGAUUUGGUCUAUGACCCGCUGCUGUUUGAGAAACCUGGGAAAGUUCUGUCCACAGGCAAACUCCAUUCACCAAGGAGCCAGUACAAAACAGACCUGCACAAGCUGAUUAGCCCUGUUCAGUGCCUUAAUCAUGUUUGGAAACGUCACUAUCAGAGGGACAGUGUUCCACAGCCUGAAACACUUCAUCCUUUUCCAUACAACAUAAUACCUCCUCAUUUCCCACCUCUGGACAGUCCUUUCCAUGCCAUGAAACUUAAUGCUCUGGGAACAUACUUCCAUGGUGAUUUCAACUAUCAAGACAGUGAUCAUCGCUUAUCUGGCCUAAACUUAGAAUGCAGUUUCCCCAGAUGCGUCAACCAGUCCAUGAAAACCAGUUCGGACAAGAUUUCUGUGGAAGAAUACUUGGUAGACGCCUUGAAGGGGAGCGUGAGUCUCGGUGAACCGCAAAAUUUAGCCAGCCUAGCCAAGACGUGGAGAGGAGGCGGUCUGGACCUGAAGGAACAAUUCCAAGAAGCAGAUGAAAAUGAAGGCGUGCUACUUAAUGAGAAACUAAAGCCAGUGGAUUAUGAGUACCGAGAAGAGGUUCACUGGACGAAGUGUCACGGUUCUUUGGGCAUUGGCUCUUUUGGAGAAGUAUACAAAAUAGAGGACAAGCAGACAGGAUUUCAGUGUGCUGCCAAAAAGGUACAAGUUGAACACUUCCGUGCAGAGGAGUUAACAACGUGUGCUGCAAUAACAAAUCCUAAAGUUGUCCCCUUGUAUGGAGCUGUGAAGGAAGGGCCUUGGGUGACUAUCUUCAUGAAGCUGAUGGAGGGUGGCUCACUGGGUCAGCUGAUUAAACAGAGCGGCUGCCUGCCAGAGGAUAGAGCUCUUAGCUAUCUGGGCCAGGCUUUCGAGGGCUUGGAGUAUCUUCAUGCUCAAAACAUUCUUCAUGGAGAUGUAAAAGCGGACAAUGUGCUCUUAUCUGAUGAUGGAAGCAGGGCUCUUCUCUGUGACUUUGGUCAUUCUGCUCACCUUCAUCCAGAUGGCUUGGGAAAGUGCUUGAUCACAGGGAACUAUGUACCUGGCACAGAGACUCACAUGGCUCCAGAGGUGGUCAUGGGAAAGCGCUGUGACUCUAAAGUGGAUGUCUGGAGUAGCUGCUGUAUGAUGCUGCACAUGCUCAACGGGUGCCACCCUUGGACCCAGUAUUACAAUCAUCCUCUCUGUCUAAAGAUAGCUAAAGAGCCACCUCCUCUGAGGGAAAUUCCGCCUUCCUGCAACCCUCUCACUGCUGAGAUUAUUAAAAUGGGUCUGGAGAAAGAGCCUGUUCAGAGAGCAUCUGCGUCUGAACUGAAAACUAAGACCACGGUUGCACUUGAAGAAGUGGGAGGUGUGACAAGCCCCUGGAAAGGCGAAUACAGAGAGCCUAGACAUCUAGCUUUGAACAAAGAAAACAAUCAACAGACCUCCCUGUCCCCCACAGUAAGCCCAGUUUCUGAGACUGAUUCUGACCCAAAAUUGGCAGUCAAAGUUUCUUGUGCAAGCCCAGUCCUACCACCACCAUCUCUGGAGCAAACAGAGGGGGUCGAGGGAACCCCUUGGAACCUGUGCAAGGAGUUAUCUGGGAUCUGGGAUCCUCCACCUCUCUCUUCUUUGGCUCCUCUGCCCCUGAAGAGCUGCAGCCAUGCGGAGAGAGCAACAACCAUUUCAGAACAAGAGCUUCAGCAGCUGGAAAUAGAACUGUUCUUGAACAGCCUGUCACAGCCUUACUCGCUGGAAGAGCAAGAACAAAUGCUUUCAUGUCUCAGUAUCGACAGCCCUUUUGUGUCGGAUGCCAGUGAGAAGAACUCCCUGAAGGCUUCUCAUAGCUUGAGGGACACCAUGAGCUCUGGGAUUCAUUCCUGGAACAGCCAGACAGAUGGACAGAGUUUCAGUUGGAACAACCUGCUGAAUCGCAGUCGACACACGGACACUCCCAGCUAUUUCAAUGGAGUAAAAAUCCAGAUUCAGUUGCUAAGUGGAGAAAAUCUACACAUCAGGGAUUUCCACAGGACAAAGGUGGGAGACAUUGCCACUGGGAUAAGCAGCCAGAUACCGGUCCCUGCUUUCAGUCUGGUGACAAAAGAAGGCCAGCCAGUUCACUAUGACAUGGAGGUCCCAGACUCUGGUAUUGAGUUGCAGUGCACCCUCGCCCCUGACUGCAGCGUCAGCUGGACAUGGAGAGUCAAGCAUGGGCAGCUGGAGAACAGGCCGUGAGGCUAUUUCUGCUUUGGAGGUUUUCACCUUGUUGAAAUAAGGAAUUGCAAAAGCUUCCAACCACCUCUGCUGUCAAGCACCAAGUGCAGUUGCUGGUGUUUUGUGCUGAAGUAGGGUAGCAGUUCAGCAGCUCACUGCUCUAGGGCCUCACUUCUUGUUGUCUGUCCUGAUCCAGUUCCAAGACAUGUCCUGAGCUCCAAUGUUCCCCAGAACAGUGGGAAUUGUUUGUUUUGGGUGUGAGUGUUAGAUUGAGCUUGAAAACGGCGGGUAGAAAUCCCUGCUUUGCAGAGGACUGUGAUUGUGCUUUCCAGGAGAGUACAGGGGUUGGAUGGGAACACUCAUUGCUCAGCCUCUGAGGUGAAGCCAGUAGUGAGCGGACUUGCUAGAAGGAGGAGGCUGAGUAUCUUCAGUGUAGCUGUAGUUGUUUGUGCACAGGGAAAGCUGGCUAACUUCCUUCUUGCUGGAGGAAAAACUUAAUGCUUCUGUAGGCUUUGGGUAGCAUCAUCUCUACCUCCAGCCUUUUGCAUGGGGAAAGUUGAAAGCAGUGACUAGCUGGGUUCUUGGUUUCACCUCCCACCCUUCCCCGUAGAUGCUUCUGUCUUGAAUCAGAAAAGAAGUUUGUUCCCAGAAAGAGCUUUGCUUGCGGCUCUCGUCUUCAUAUCUCCUCCCCAACUUAGGAGCUGACACGUCCCUCUUGGGUGUUGCUACCAACAGAGGGAGUAAAACGGUCUGGCAGGAAGGGUAAGAGGGUUGAAUUCCUUGGUGGGUAAAGCAGGAGGAUUGGAUUCCUCGGUUGUCUUUCCAUCGCUGCUGCUGACUUGCUGCGACUUCCCUCGAGCUGUCCCGUCCGUUCAGCUCCCCCUGGAGGGAGAAGGAACAGCAGCUCUAUAAGCUUAGACGAGGUCUGAAUUUUGCUGCGGCAUUAAAAAAAGAAAAAGAAGAAAAAAGCUCACUCCCAGCUGUCAAUCCAGCCGGCCAUCCUGCCUCUCUGCUGGAGAUUAUUGCCCUGCAGCAGGCUUGGCGAGAGGGACCGUGCCGGUGGCUCAGGUGCCCCGGUUCUGCACGGUGUUUUAGCUCAGCCUGUUUUCAGCAGCACCGACAGACUGGCACCAGGCUCUGUACCCCUCCCUCUGUGUCAAAAUGUGUUAAAGGAGUGGUAUGGCAGCUGGGCCCGUAGUGCCUUAAGCUUUAGUGAAUUUUACACUGGUUUUAGCACUGUUUUUUUUACUAGUUUGAAUCGUACUGAAAUUGUAUGGGUCAAAUGCAGACAGGCGAGUGUUGCUAGCUCCCCUGUAACCCAGAACAGAACCAGAGGAGGCAUAAGCUACGAAUGUACUUGUGCAGGACUGCACUAAGUCCUUGCACACCUGGAAAUCAGUGUGACAGUCACUUGACAGCGUGCUGCAGCUUUUCCAGAAAGCUGUAAGUACAGCGGCCACAGAGUGGGGACUAUUUACGUCCAGGCUGAAUAGAGAAAUGGCUCCCAAGAAGCAAGAUGGGUCCUGCUGGAUCCACGCUGGCCCUGGGGGGCACAAAGAGGAAUGUUUGCAGUUUCCUCAAGUGAAGUUCAGCUACAAAAUAGCUGAAAAAUGUGCUCUGGGCCUCCCGUUUUGAGGACUCGAGUUUGGUAAGCAACUGAUGUUCGUUCCCUUUGGUCUCCAGAACAUUGGCUGUUUCUUGAUAUCUUAGGCAGUGGCAUCCUUAGUCAGAAAAUUGAAGUUGGGAUGCAAGAAGAAAAGAGGAACUCUUGAAGAAACCUGUCACCACUGUGUAGUUUUUAUAGCACUUUUUGUUCUAAAGCACUUAAUACGUUGUCCGAAGUAGGUACCUAAUUAUAGCUGAAAUGCAGCCACGUUAAGGGUCUUUUUUGUAAAGAGUUAACACGUUACACACAUCUCUUCCAGGAAGGAGUUGGGGGGGAAUGGCAAGGUUGGCACAAUCUCUUUUUUUCGGAUGCCAUUAAGUACCCAGGAUUGUCAGCUCUGGAGCAGAAGGGAUCGAAACACCUCUCUGGAGCUCCCGAACUAAUGGUCAGCACAGCAGCCGACCUUCUUGUGCCAAGCACCUCCCUAGGCUUUCUCUGAGGAGGAGGAGAAAAACUUGUUGGUUGUUCUUAAGAAAACUCUGGCGUAAUAGCGAUGUGUCAAUAUGAGAAUGGUCUAUUCCCCGCCCAAAGGCUGCGGCUCGCGGCUUUCCCUGUUGCCUCUAAAAUGCUUCACUGUACAGGUGAGACGCUGCUGCCCUCGCGGUAUCUCUUCUUGUGACUUCCGUGUCCGUCUGUACCCCGAUGGCGUCUGACUCAAGUUCUGCCGAGCAGGAGGGCGGGAUGCGGCAGCCCUCUCUUUGCAGGACCUCUGAGCCUCGCGCUUCAUUUAUAGCAUUAACGCUAGUCCUUAGCCGCCCACGUGAAUGCCUAAAAGGUGAAGUCUUGUAAAUCCAGAACGUCUUUGUUGCGUAGAUGGAGAUGUUUCUGUUCUCCUGGGCUCUCACGCCAGCAUUAGCCGGUAUCUCCAUCCUGCUUGUUUCGUCCAAAAACCUCAGUCGUAUUUUGCCGCCCUCUCAAAGGAGAAAGUGAGGCUGCAAAAUUCGAUGUAACCAUCAUUGACGUGAGGGUUAGACAAACAGGCUGUGGUGGCAGCUGUGCCUCUUAGAUGGGAAAGAUGCUUUAACUGAUACCACAAACCACUGGUGCUUUCUUACUGCCCUGAAAUGUGGUUCUGCUCUCGGAAGCAUCUCCAGGGUUUUAAUGUUUGGUUUCUAUCAGCUUGGGAUCUCCUCGACUCUCUCCUGUUGCCAGGACAGUUUCCUGUUAAUUUGGCCGGUCAUUUUUGCUGUGACAGGCGAAAAGAACCCUCCAGCUUUCAGAUAAAGGCUGGCUGUGCAAUACCCACAGAAGAGAAAGUCGGGGAAGCUUUUUAUUAUUCACAUUAAAAUUUGAUUGAAACAGUGUGUAAUAGCAUAAUUAGUCUUUAGGACAGAACCACAGUUCAGGGUAGGGAGGAUAAAUAGCAGUAAUAGUGACAAUAUCGAUGGCUCUGGUCAUAUAGCUCCUUCCUAAAGUCUUUAGGAAAAUCACAUUGCUUUCGGCAAAGCGAUAUGAAGCCGACGGUCUCUGGGAUGGGCAGUACUGGUGUGGGGGGAGGCAAGGGAAUGACUAGC